UUUAAUUAAUUGAUGUGCAAUUGCGAAAGACACAUUUGGAGCGAGUGACGUAAAAUGUGUUGUAAUGUAUUUUCUGCUCCUAAACUGAUAACAUGACUUGAUAACUAUCGUCUGAUAUGUUAGUGAUUAGAAUAGCUGAUUGUAUGUAGAUGAUGUGACUAGACACAUUUAAGGGUUAUAAUGGAAUGACGUGUUAAUUUAAAAUGAUUUAAGUUAACCUUAACUGCAGAUAGGUUAAAAUGGUGUUCUAGCAGUAAAACAAGAACAAUGAAGAACGAGCUGUUACCAGAUUUUCCUCCAGGACCACUAGAUGUAUAUAGAAACCAAGCAUCUUUUGACUGGAAGAAAUUAAAAUUGUUUCUAGAAGAUGAAUCAAUUACAGAAUUCACGAUGAAGAUGUGGAGAGUUCUGGAAGCAGACCCAUUGUUUCAACGCCCACAGUCAGCAUUAAGUAUGGAUGAGCAGCGGCGUCUGGCAACAAGGCAGAUGUACCGUGUAAAACAAUAUAACUUUCUUCCUUUUGAAGAAAUGGCAGAAGACAUGAGAAAGCCAUUUGCAUUGUGCUCUGUGCUGUUCCAAUUGAAUCCAGACCUUUCAUUGAAGUACUGCUUAACUUUCCAUGUGUUUACAAAUGCAGUUGCUGCUAUGGGAACUGCAAGACAUUAUCAUUAUGUGGAAGCUGCUCAAGAAGGCAGAAUUGGUGGCUGCUUUGCAAUGACAGAAAUAUCGCAUGGUACCAAUACCAAGGGCAUGAGAACAACUGCCACAUAUGAUCCCAAAACCCAGGAAUUUAUAAUACACACCCCAGACUUCGAAGCUGCAAAAUGUUGGGUUGGCAACUUGGGGAAAUGCAGUACCCAUGCUGUUGUGUAUGCACAGUUAAUCACUCCUGAAGGCACAAACCACGGUCUGCAUCCAUUUAUUAUUCCUAUAAGAAAUACUGCAACACUCUUACCUUUUCCUGGAGUCAUUGUUGGUGACUUAGGUGAGAAGAUUGCCCUGAAUGGUGUUGACAAUGGAUUUGUCAUGUUCCAGAAUUAUAGGAUCCCACGAGAAAAUCUCCUAAAUAAGACUGCUGAUGUUAGUCCUGAAGGGCAAUACAUCAGUGGCUUGAAGGAUCCCAAAAAGAGAAUGGGUGCUGCAUUUGGAUCCCUAUCAGCUGGUCGCGUUACAAUUAUUGGAAUUUGUCUGUCAUAUCUUUUUAGUGCUGUAACCAUUGCAGUUCGUUACUCAGCAGUAAGAAAACAGUUUGGGCCUGAAGAUGGCAAUGAAUUUCCUGUUCUUGAAUAUCAGCUCCAGCAAAGCAGACUACUUCCAUAUGUGUCAGCUGCAUUUGCAAUCAGAAUUUUCACAGAUUACUUCAACAAGGUGUUUGGAGAAUUUACUGCCAGAACUAUGAUGGGGGACAAAAGUGAUGAAAUGGCAGAUCUGGGAAUGGAAAUCCAUGCCCUUUCUUCAGCAGGGAAGCCAGUAGCUGGCUGGAUUGCUAGGGACGCAAUACAGUCCUGUCGCGAAGCCUGUGGAGGACAUGGCUAUCUUAAAGCGGCUGGCCUGGGAGACCUUCGCAAUGUCAAUGAUGCAAAUUGCACAUAUGAGGGCGAGAACAAUGUAUUGCUUCAACAGACUAGCAAUUGGUUGCUGCAGCUGUGGACUAAGAAGAUUAGCACAGGAGCAGGUCCAAUCCAUACUCCAAUGGGAUCAGCUGACUUCCUCACAAACAUGAAUGAAAUCUUGAAAACUAGAUUUAUUGCAAGAACUGUAGAAGAAGCUAUUAAUCCUGAAGCUCUGUUGGCUGCCUACAAGUGGAUAGUGUGUUGGUUGUUACAAGCCACUGCAAACAAAGUUAAAUCCCAGCAUCAACUUGGCAAGGAUACAUUCACUGCAAAGAAUGAUUCACAGGUGUUCUUUGCUAAAACACUGUCACUAGCAUUCAUUGAGCAUUUUAUUCUCCAUACAUUUAUGUCACGUGUUACAUCUGAUGGACUUGAUCUAUCGGUUAAGGCUGUGUUGUUAAAGUUGUGCUCUCUAUAUGGGGCUUAUAGUCUUGAGAAGCAUCUUGUUACUCUCUACCAAGGAGGUUAUGCAGUAGGACCAGAACCAGCUCAACUGAUAAGAGAUGGGAUCUUGGAUUUGUAUUCCAAGCUUAAACCUGAAGCCGUGGCACUGGUUGAUGUUCUCGCACCACCUGACUUUGCCCUGAAUUCUGUACUUGGAAAGUCUGAUGGGAAGGUGUAUGAGAACCUGCAAGCUGCAUUGUUUCAAGGUCCCCAAGUAUUUGAGAGACCUGAGUGGUGGGAGGAUGUGGUUCACUGGCGUCAACGUUCCAAGCUUUGAGUUAGUCACUAGAAACCUGUCAAAUAUAGUCAAAUAGGUAACACUUGUGCUUCAUAUUCCUUUCUUGAUUCUGUGCCAAGAGGUGUGUAGUCCCUCAGUUCCUCAGGGCAAAUGCUGGGAUAGUUUCUUAAAAUAGACCAUGACAUCUUUUCACAUCCUUCCACUUCUUGUUUCAGUCAUCCUUCCCUGUUGUGCUGUAUAAUAUAAGUGACUGAGAAAGCACUGUAAAAUAAAUUAAGCAGUAACAAUUAAAAACCUAUGGCAUAAUGGUCCCCCCCCCAAUGGGUCAACUCUGUUUUGCAUCUAAUGUCAGUUGUAGCCACGACAGACAAUGUACUUGGUUGAAGACAUUGUAGUACACAGAAUUUUUGGUCACACAAACUAUUGUACAAUAAGAGAUGUGUCUGGCCAUACUGACUCCUUUGAUGGACUACAGAAUUACGUUUAAGAUGGAUGCCAUAAUUCACAUAACUUUUAAACAUCUGGUGCAGGGGUAUUAGAAUUGUCAUUAGUUCAAGGUUGUAAUUGUAUUUUGUUCAGAGUUUCUCCAGUCUAGAAAACCGAAAUUAACAGCCAUGUGGAUUCAUUGUGUUGA